ACCACAUGCAGCAAAUUAAAGUAGCCAUUGCUCAAAACAAAUUUUUGAGAAAGCGUGAAUUUUAAAUGCUUGUUAACGUUGGUAUAAUAUUGACUAUGGUGUAGUUUAGAUUGAGAUUUGACAACAAAAUGUUUUUAAAAAAAUAGCUAAAUCAAUUAAGUGGUAACAAAUGAGUGUUUUAAAGCUCUUGCACAUAUCAUGAUUAAUCAGACAUUAAGGGAACAAAAUAAUAGCAACAUAAUUUCCAGAGUUCUUUUUGACAGGUAUUACUGGAUUCAUAGCAACCCAGUGCUAAAUACUGUAGCCUCUUCAAUCAAAGGUGAUCUGGAGUAAACUUUCUCAAGGUCAUACUGCCACUCAACUGUAGAGCCAGGAUUGGAACACAGGUUCAUUUUCUCCAAAUAGCCUGCUACCUGUAAUCUUGCAUCAGCUUUAUUAUACCAAAAUACGUGCAUUUAAUAUUUAGCAGAAAUGUAUGUGCAGGCAGUAGAAAUAUUGUUCACUUCCGUACAGCGUUCUGGUCAGGAGAAGUCAAGUGUCACCUUGUUCCUUGUAUGUUUUAUACAAACAAGGGCUAAUGAGUAGAGGCCAGCUUUAGAACAAAUGGGCAAGCCAUUAAAUUUCACUUCAAGCUUUUUAAGAAGUUGUUGACUCGGUUCUCCAUAAAAGAUCUUCAAGAAAGCAGUAUGUUUUUAUUUAUUUUUAAGGACUGUACCUUAAAAAGAAAACAAUCUAAUCAAACUCAGUUGCUCACUAAAUUGUUACGAUGACUUGUCCCAUAGAAAAAUAGUGGUGGUUUUUUAUUUUUAUUUUUUUUUAUAAAUAUGGGAUUGGUGUAACAGUUAACACUGGCAGUUUCUUCUUUGUGGCCUAAAUCAAUGGGAGGUUGCUUUUUGCCUUCUUAGUGUGAGACCAGUUGGACCAGAAAAUACGUGCUUCAUUAAACUCCAGAAACGUUAUUUUUCUUUUCUUCUACUCUAGACUCUAUAAAAGUUAAAGUGAGAAGGGCAAUUUUCAUCAUGCCCGAACUAACUACAUAGGGUUGUGUUUAUGAUACAGAACGCAAGAGUGGAGCUAAGAGAAGGAUAUAUAGUAAAUGGUAUGUAGCACCUCAUUGGAAACUAAAGUGUUUACUAUACGUGUGCAGAAAGGGGUCUGAAAGCUUUCAGUUAGGCAUAAGGUAGUACUGUUUUGUGGUGGAUAAAGUCCUUGUUGGGAAGACUACUAGCUGGGAACUUAUUAACUAACCAUUGGCAGGUGACUAGGUUUGCAGCCUUAGUGUCCUUAUAUGAUCUGCACAGUGAAAUAUGGCAGUCCUUUGUAGGUACUGACCAUGUGGCUCUUUAAAUUUAGAUAAACUGAAAAUAAAAAAUUUAGUUCUCAGUCACGGUAGCCUAGCCACAUUUUAGUGGCUGCUGUAUUGGGCAGCAGAGAUAUAAAACAUUUCCAUCAUUACAGAAAAUUCUGUUGGACAGCAAUACUAUAAAGAACGUGAGAACCUAACUUUUAAGCAACUAGCGUUGGCCAAUCAGUAUUUUUUUGCUGCUGUUGUUGAUUCAGGAAGGAAUAGGAGUUUAUAUGCUUCAGUGGCAACUCAGUAAAUACAACAGCCACAUCCCUGGUUAAUAAUGAUUAGUAGGCUUUUAUUAUGUUGAGAAAAUUUGGAUGACGUUAAUUGGCCAUAUUGUUCCAUACCAUGCUGUCUUAGUUACCUAGUGCUGCUAUAUAACAAAUACUACAAGUGAAUGGCCUAUACAAACAUUUAUUUUCUCUUCACAGUUUAGGGGGCUAGAAGUCUGAAGUCAAGGCACCAGCUUUAGGGGAAGGUUUUCUCUCUGUUGGCUUUGGAUGAAAGUCCUUGUUUCUCUUUCUGCUCUUAGGCGAUCUUUAUGUGUCUCGGCAUCUAUCUUACCCAUCUCUGCUCUGCUUAAGAGAUUGACUCAAGAUACACACCACACUAAUCUGCCUUAUUAACAUAACAAAGACAACCUAUUCCCAAAUGGGAUUAUAACCAUAGGCAUAGAGGUUAAGGUGUACAACAGUUUGGGGGACAUAAUUCAGUCCAUAACACAUACUAAGUGAAAGGUUCAAAGAAUAUGUUGGGACAGGAAUGCAGGUUUGGAUUGAUUUAUGUGAAAUGUGUCCAUUUAAAUAACGUUGGUUUUCUUGAGUGGUUUUGCAGGUAAUUUUUUUUAUUACAAUCAUAUAACAGUUUGAAGAUUGAUGUGAUAACGUGACAUUCUUUGUAUGUAAAUAGGUGUUCAGUAAAUGUACCCUCUGUAGUUCAUCUUUUAUUCUUCACCAUUUUUAUAAUGCCUUGAACACAGAAAAGAUGCAGCACUUAAGAUUAUUAAUGAGCAAUAUUUUGUUUUAGGAAAAAACGUUGUGCAUCAACUCUCAGUAACAUUAGAAGAUUUAUAUAAUGGUGCGACAAGAAAACUAGCUCUGCAAAAGAAUGUGAUUUGUGACAAAUGUGAAGAUGAAGUGGUUCUAAAUUCAAGAUUCUAAAAUGACUCCUUGGGAAGACCAGCAGUCAAGAUGUUUGUAGAUAUUUGAAGGUGAUUGUGGCUGUAUUUUAUCAAAAAAGACUGGAUUGUAGAUUCUUAGAGUAGUGUUCUAUCAGAUCUUGAAAAUCUUAAAGAAUAGUGUUCAGGAAUGGUCUUAAGUAUUCAUUAUUGGAUUCACUAUUAAAUUUAUACAUAAUGUCAUUUUCUUUGUGAACUAUUUAGGCCGAGGUGGUAAGAAAGGAGCAGUAGAGUGCUGUCCUAAUUGCCGAGGUACUGGAAUGCAAAUACGAAUUCAUCAGAUAGGACCUGGAAUGGUUCAGCAAAUUCAGUCUGUGUGCAUGGAGUGCCAGGGCCAUGGGGAACGGAUCAGCCCUAAAGAUAGAUGUAAAAGUUGCAACGGAAGGAAGAUCGUUCGAGAGAAGAAGAUUUUAGAAGUUCACAUUGACAAAGGCAUGAAAGAUGGCCAGAAAAUAACAUUCCACGGUGAAGGAGACCAAGAGCCAGGACUGGAGCCAGGAGAUAUUAUCAUUGUUUUAGAUCAGAAGGACCAUGCUGUUUUUACUAGACGAGGAGAAGACCUUUUCAUGUGUAUGGACAUACAGCUGGUUGAAGCAUUGUGUGGCUUCCAAAAGCCAAUAUCCACUCUUGACAACCGAACCAUAGUCAUCACUUCUCAUCCAGGUCAGAUUGUCAAGCAUGAAGAUAUCAAAUGUGUGCUAAAUGAAGGCAUGCCAAUUUAUCGUAGACCAUAUGAAAAGGGGCGCCUAAUCAUAGAAUUUAAGGUUAACUUUCCUGAGAAUGGCUUUCUCUCUCCUGAUAAACUCUCUUUGCUGGAAAAACUCCUACCUGCAAGGAAGGAAGUAGAAGAGACUGAUGAAAUGGAUCAGGUAGAACUGGUGGACUUUGAUCCAAACCAGGAAAGACGACGCCAUUACAAUGGAGAAGCAUAUGAGGAUGAUGACCAUCACCCCAGAGGUGGGGUUCAGUGUCAGACCUCUUAAUGGGGGCCACUGAAUAAUGCUCACUGCUGGCAUUUUAUAUGCAGUAGUGAAUAAGUGAAGGACUGCAAUCAUAAUAUGCUCACUACUUGCUAUUGUUUUGUUUUAAUGUUCAACUAUAGUAGUGUUUUAAAGUUACAUGAAGAAUAAACUCAAAUAUAAAAGCUC